CACACAAGCUAUUAUACAGCCUCUGAGCACACACCCACAACACACACACACACCUGUGACUUCAGCUGAGCAUUCAGACCAGUACAGAGGAGGACCUUGGCCUGGGCAGAGGCACAAUUAAAACCUCUUACUCCCUGCUGGUAUCUCAGAAGUCAGUUGACUUAAAAAAAAAAAUGCAUUUUUAAGUGCAAAGGGAGUGAGCUGAUCCAAGCCCCGAGAGCUAAAGAGAGGAUCCUCUGACAUCUUCUUCAGUUCACAGAUCAUUCAGAAGUUAAGAAUCGACCAAGAAGUACACAGAAAGGGCAAAGGAGGGAAAGGACAGAGUGGGCUUGUAUUUUUAAAGAUGGAACAGUCUCCGCAGGUUUGGCACAUGCAGGUGGCCCCUCACGACACUGCUGCAGAGUUGAAAAAGAAGGUGUCAGUCACGAGCCAGCCGGAGUGCUCCAUCUGCUACAACAACUAUGACAAUGUCUUCAAAACACCCAAGCUGCUGGAGUGCACUCACACCUUCUGUCUGGAGUGCCUAUCCCGCCUCAUGGCCAUCUCGCUGGCUGACCAGGACGAUAACAGCGGCAACAAUCGCCUCUCUUGCCCCUUCUGUCGUCACCCCACCACGCUGCCCGAGGAGGGACCCCCUGCUUUGACCACCAGCCGCGAGGUCCUCUGCAAGCUGCCCAGCCACCAGCAGCAGGAGGAGCCAGUGUGGCUGGAGGGGGAGAAGCUGUGCUACAAGAGCUCAGGGCACGACACCGGCUCAGGCGCCCCUGAUAGUCCCUCGGCCUUCUGCAUCUGCAUUGACAUUGGGGCCAGCAAGACAGCGGAUGCUCCGAUUCAAACGCAGACCCGGACUAUUGGCCUGCUGGACCGACUGUCAGACUGGAAGAGGCUGGUGCUCUUCAUCGUGCUCAUGGUGCUGCUUAUUGUAGUCGUGCUGUGGCCACUGCAGUGUGUAUUCAGCACCGGGAACAUGCGCUGUUUGCGAGAAUCCGUCUACCCCAACCCCACUACUGUCCCAACAACCACCACUCCUUUUAAUCCAUUCACCAAGCAGUCGGUCUGAAAGAGUAAACUUACAGACUGACAGGACUUCACUCAAACUGUACAUAAUGUUUUAUACCAACAUUUCACGUACAUUUAUUGUGUAUAAUUGCACUUUUGCAAGUGCAGAGUGUUGUUGCCACACACAACUGUCAACACCUCAGAAUUUUACUUGCAACAGAACCACAUAUUCUAAGGCUUUGUAAGUCGAAAUUUGUGUUAUUGUGUCAUAUGGCGUCAGACUAAUUCGAAUUUAAUUGUAUUGGUAAAUUACAAUCAUAAAAAAAAAAUGCACAUAGCAACUUUAACCCCUUGAAACCUGAGCAGAUUGGCUGGAUUUCUUUCAAAAACAUGGAAAGAAGGCUAUAAGCAACAAAACAGGAAACAACCGCAAAAUUAAGAGAAAUCACCUCCGAAAAAGUGCUUUAAAAUUACAAACAGCUUUGUAACAUAAUUUUAAUUCUGAUAAUAAUAAA